GAUGUAAUUUAUCUUCCUCUUUUUAGUCCUUACAUGAGUUACAUCCACUCCAUUCCUUUACCUAAGCAAAAUACUACACAUCCAUGCAAACAUAUUGUUAAAACAAAACUUUUAAGCACCCAAAUAACACCCCUAAUUGUGUAUAAGCUUCAUGUCUCAGGUCAAGACUAAGAUCAGCAACUUCCAAUGCACCAGCAAACUUUCAACAUUUUUUACCAGAACAAUUUUUUCUCUCUCCAAAAUCCCAACUUUAAAGAUGAAAUCCCAACAAAAUUCCAAGAGACCCACCUGCCCAUCUUGCUCUAAACCUCUUUCUCUCUGUCUUUGCACUCGACUGAAACACCCAAAUCUUAAUAACAAAGUUCAUGUCACCAUUCUUCAGCAUAGCUUAGAAAGAAAACACCCUCUUAAUUCUGCAAAAAUUGCUAAAUUGGGUUUGAAAAAUGUCGAUGUUUUCACUGUUACUGAUGUUAUGUUUGAAGCUCAGUUUGAUAUUCAGCCAUUGGAGUUGGAUAGUACAGAGAUUUUGUUAGAAGACGAAUGCACGUCAACUGUUUGUGAAAAUGCCUCUGAGAGUUUAGAGGUUAAAAUUUCUGGAAAGCGGGGUUUUGAUCAGGUUACUGAUCUUGAUUCAGAAGCUGGGUACAUUGAUAUUUCAGACUGUGAGAGGCUUUCGGGUUGUAUUCAAGAAAAUGUCGAUAAAAUUUUCGAGUUUGAAGGAAGUGGUGGUGCAUUGGCCAAGAAAGAUGUUCACUUGCUGAAGCAAUGUGAUGCAGAAGUUGCUGGUGUUUGUGAUAAUAUAACUAGUAAAAUUGUGAAAACAGAAAUUCCUAAAGCUGUAAUGAGUGUAACUAUUGGUAAAUAUGGAGAAAUCAGCAACAUUUCUCAUCAGUGGAAGCUGCAAGAUGAAGGGAAAACACACAAUCUUGAGCAUCUGGCCGCGUCACCAGAAGCUCUGGAAUCGCUAGCAGGAGGGUUUGUGGUAACGAAGCUGCAAAAGAAGCAGAUCAGUGGGAGUUUAGAACUAGAACAAUUUGAAGAGUUUCAAAUCAUGGUUCCACCAGGAUCAGCACUUCUGUUUCCUGCACAAAAGGCGAUGCCAGCUGAGGCAGUCGACUUUGAAGUGAAGAACUUGAUUGUUUUAGACGGAACUUGGUCAAAGGCGAAUAGAAUGUAUAAUGAGAAUCCAUGGUUGAAAAUUAUACCGUCUGUGAGAUUAGACAUGGAGAAGUUGAGCAUGUUCAGUGAAGUUAGGCGUCAGCCUAAGCCCGGAUAUUUGUCUACCAUUGAGAGCAUUGUGUACGCAUUGGAGGCUCUAGGAGGGAGCGAGAAGUUAGAGGGGCUGGAUAACUUAUUAGAUGUUUUUGAGUCCAUGGUUAAAGACCAGAGACGAUUCAAGGAGGAGGCACUAAAAAAUCUAUCUUCAUAUCGAUGAUUAACGUACCAACACAAUGUACCUACAUGAGUGCAAUCUUGAUAAACAGAAAUAUAUUUAAAUCUUGCUGAUUAUUAAUCAUAUUCUUCUCUUGUCCUUCACUUUGUGAGUUUGCU